AUGGCACCAAGUCGAGCUGGACGCGGCAGAGGCCGUGGCCGUGGUGGGAGACCCCCCGGAGCAGGUGGACGAGGGCCUUACAAUGCAUCAGCUCAGGCAAUGGACUCAUUUCUUGCCGGGGCAAUGAACGGCUUCUCCAUGCGGGACGAGGCUAGAAAUACCGCCCGCGAUCAUCUGAAAUGGAAUUCCGAUGAGCGGCUUCGAUAUCGCCCGGUGACUUUCAUUAGCGCUGGUCUCAUCGAGCCAUUAAAGGAGUUCCAGGUCGAUGAAAAGAGCGGAAACAAGGAUAACAAAGCAGAUGCAUCUCCGGCAGAAAUCUCACCUAUGCCCUCUAAAUCCCAGGACCAGUUGAACGUUGCCCCUCCAUUGCGGACUGAAACGCAAAUUCCUGCUCCAUCAGUGCGAGACGAAAACGUGAAGCCUACAUCGGCCCCGGUAAAAGUACAGGCUCCCAAUUCGGUCACACCAAGUGCAUUUGAGAUUACUCACGGUGAUACUUUGUUUAUGCUCGACACUGUGGGCGACAAGACUCUGAGGAAAGAGUCCAAGAAGGCCGUCAAGAUCGAGUUCAAGGAAGAAGAUGACGCAGCGGCACAUGAUUCGGACUCGAGCCAUGAAGUUGUUUUGUUCAAGGGGCGAGCAGCACCUCGCAAGCCCCCAGUGCCAUGUAAGAGCCGCGUUCAAGAAUCGCGCAAGGACAUCGAGAUGCUUGUCAAAACACAGUCGGAAAGGCUACAUGUCUCGGCGACUGUGGAAAAAGUAGCAGUUGCGCCGACACCAUUGCCCAGCGAUCAGUCACCUAGGAAAAACAAAUCUGGACACUCUCCAACACCCAAGGCGGAUGCGUCAGAUUCAGAAGGGGAUAAUGAAGACGACGAAGACGCUAUACUGGCCGACUACAUGGAAAACAUGGACGGGCUGGAUGAUUUGAUUGCACACCACCGGAAGUUUGCAUCUCGAGACAUUGGUGGAAGCGAUGGUGAUGUGGUCAUCGGCGCCGACUCUGACAGCGACAAUUUGAGCGAUUCGGAUGAUGACGAAAUUGGAGAUGGGGAAUCCCCAAUGGAUGACCCGAUAUCCGCUGCCGAAGAAGAUAUGACAGCGGAUAUUGACGAUGCCGAGCUUGCCAGGUUGCUUGCGAAACAAGAAGAACUUGGGUUAUUUGGGGAUGAGCUGGUGCUGUUUGAUGGUGCCGUUUCUGGACGUGACGCAUCUGCCCGUCGUCCUCGGCGAAACAAGGCCCGCACGCCGAAACAGAAAGCAUCAGACUCUCGUCAACCCGAUAGCGCCAAAACUGUUGCGGAUGCAUUUGACGACCUGGACCUUAUGGACUGGGAUCAUAUGAAUUCACUGCGCAAGAAGCCCAAGGGCAAGCAUGGCGCGCUCAAACUGACCAACGAGGACGCCGAACUUCAAGCAAUCAUGGACGCUACGUACGAAAAGGACCGACUCAAGAAGAAGGAGAGGAAGCGUGAGCGCGAGGAGCUGCGCAGCAAGGGACUACUCGGCAGAAAUCCCAAUCCGGACGAUCCAAGGGUCAAGUUUGUGGAGGGUAUCAACAUCACGGAGCUGAGAGAAGAGUUCACCAGGUUCCUCCUAACCCUGGACCAGGUACUUACUCUGCCCCCCAUGGAUGCAGCUGCCCGCAAGGUAGUGCACGAGAUAGCCAUGAAGCUAGGGGUCAAGUCCAAAUCCACCGGCAAGGGCGACCAGCGACGGCCAGUCCUGCACCGGACCAAGACCACGUCGCUCUACAGCGUCGAAGUUAUGGACAAGGCCUUUGCACGGAUAAACCGCAGAUACUUCCCACGGCUAGACAAACAGUCCAGGGGUGGUGGUGGCAAUCGGGGUGGUGGUGCUCACGCCUCGAUCAGAUACAGAGACGGCGAGAUUGUCGGCGGGUCUGCGCCAGAGCUCGGUGAGACCAACAAGGGCCGUACAAUGUUGGAGAAGAUGGGCUGGUCCAAGGGUAUGGGUCUUGGUGCGCUGGACAACAAAGGCAUCUUGGAGCCUGUCGCGCACGUCGUCAAGACUUCAAAGGCCGGUCUUGGCUAA